UCCCCAGCUUUUCAUUGUCGGCGGUUCACAUAACAAACUAAGUAGUAACUCUCUUCUUCUUCUCUCUAAUCUCUAUCGAAAAAAUGGCUGGAGUAUCUCAGCUCAAUCCGUUUCUGUGCAACACCAUUUCAGUGAAUCCACUGCAGUCUCAAAUCAGCUCAAAACCCUCUUUAUUUCCGGUGAAUACGUUUGGAUUUACUUCAGGAAAGGCGGGAGAGGGUUCUAGGGUUUCCAUCGGAGUAUUCGUUAGGGAAAGGCCGGUUCUAAGAGUCCGUGCGGUGAGCGGAGCUGAGUGGGAGGGGUCCUCCGUGGCUGUGGCGGAGGAGCCGCCCAAGGAGCUGAAGGAGAUCGAUACGCUGAAGAAACAAUUGGUAGAUUCGUUUUACGGGACGGAGCGUGGACUGAAAGCCACGAGCGAGACCAGGGCGGAGAUCAUCGAGCUGAUUACUCAGCUGGAGGCCAAGAAUCCGACUCCGGCGCCGACCGAGGCGUUGACCCUCCUCAACGGCAAAUGGAUUCUCGCGUACACAUCAUUUGUGGAAUUGUUCCCUUUGUUGUCAAGGGGAACACUGCCUUUAGUGAAGGUGGAGGAGAUUUCACAGAUCAUUGACUCAGAGAAUUUCACAGUCCAGAAUUCUGUCCUGUUUGCUGGGCCAUAUUCUACAACUUCAAUUAGUACCAAUGCCAAGUUUGAAGUCCGAAGUCCCAAGCGUGUGCAGAUCAAGUUUGAAGAAGGCAUUAUUGGGACUCCCCAGUUGAUAGAAUCCAUUGUGUUGCCAGAAAAUGUGGAAUUUCUUGGACAAAAGAUUGAUCUCUCACCCUUCAAAGGCUUAAUCACUUCGGUCCAAGAUACAGCUUCAUCUGUUGCAAAGACCAUAUCCAGCCAACCACCACUAAAGUUCUCUCUCUCCAAUCGCAAUGCAGAAUCAUGGUUGCUAACCACAUACCUGGAUGAAGAAGUUAGGAUCUCAAGGGGAGAUGGAGGCAGUGUAUUUGUGCUUAUUAAGGAAGGCAGCCCCCUCUUGAAACCUUAAAUUCAGUAACGUGCUUUUUCCGAGUGCAUGUGGGACUCUAUGUAAUAAUACUGUUGAUAAGUGGUUGUAAUUAUGUAUGUAUUGACUUUGUCUUUCUCAUAUUAAGCAUGUAUCAACUUUUAUGAAUUCAGAUUGAUGUAGGCAUCUGUAUUAAUAUCAUAGGACACUGUGGCUGGCUUGUACUAAGUAAAUAAAUUUCUUUUCUCA